AUGCCACGUGAAGAUCAUGAACCAGAUGAAUUAUUUGAAAUUCGAACAAAUUUUUAUACAGGCAAUUAUCAACAAACUAUUAAUGAGGCAACAAAAUUGAAAGUUCCACAAAAUCUACAAACGGAAAAAGAUUUAUUUAUGUAUCGUUCAUAUAUAGCACAAAAAAAAUAUGGUGUUGUACUAGAUGAAAUUCGUCCAUCUGCAUCUCAAGAGGAAUUAGUUGCUGUUCGAUUAUUAGCAGAUUUUCUUGCAAAUGAAUCUAAACGAGAUAAUAUUCUACGUGAUCUUGAUAAUAAAAUGGGUGGAAAUGUUAAAAAUUCAUUUUGUUUACUUAUGACUGCUUAUAUGUAUUAUCUUAGCGAAAAUUAUGAAACUACUCUCAAGGUUUUACAUAAUGCUGAUUCAUUAGAAUGUUGUGCAUUAACAAUUCAAGCUUUAUUAAAAAUGGAACGACUUGAUUUAGCUAAGAAAGAAUUAAAACGAAUGACAGAUAUGGAUGAAGAUUCUGUUUUAACUCAAUUAUCAACAGCUUGGGUAAACAUUGCUAUAGGUUCAGAAAAAUUACAAGAAGCUUAUUAUAUAUUUCAAGAAUUAUCUGAUAAACAUACAGUUACACCACUUCUUUUAAAUGGACAAGCUGUUUGCCAUAUAGCACAAGGAAAAUAUGAUGAUGCUCAAACUGCACUUCAAGAAGCACUCGAUCGAGAUAGCAAUGAUCCUCAAACAUUAAUUAAUUUAAUUGUACUUUCACAAUUAACAGCUAAACCAACUGAAGUUUCGAAUCGUUAUAUAUCUCAAAUGAAAGAUUCACAUGCAAAUCAUCCAUUUGUUCGAGAUUUAGCUAAUAAAGCUAAUGAACUUGAUCGUCUUGUUCGUAAUUAUCAACCAUCUGUACCAUCUUAA